AUGGAUCUGCUCCCUCCUCCUCCGACUGAACUAAAUGGAGAGGAUGCUAAACUAGCCCCUGAGUAUGUGGACCCGACAGCUGGACUUACGAAAUCUGGGCGAGAUGGUCGGCCUCUCUAUGUUAAACCGGUAGAUCAUACAGAAGAAGAGCUGGACCUCUCAUGCAUUGAGAAUGACGACGGCAUCUAUGAGAUGUCACCCAGCAUCAUUGACUACAGCAGUGAGGGUAUCAAGCAACCCAUCCCAGCCAACAGAGUCCAUUCUAUGGAUGGAGAAACCGCUGGAUUCUACAAGGAGGUUGCGGGGGCCCGCCUCUACGCCGAUCCAGGAAGAGAUGUCACUUUCUGGAGGUUUAAUAUAGAGAUUGAAUUAGGAAAUACACAGCAGCGAAUCGCAUAUCGUCUCAACCAAGGGCCGGCUCUGGGAUUCUGGGUGCCCGCCAGGGGGCAGACGAUGAACAUAAUGUACCACACAUGUAACGGCUUUACCCCAGGCGUCGACUCUAAUAAGCUCUGUGGUCCAGACCCUCUGUGGCGAGACGUGCUCAAUGAGCAUCAGACUCGCCCAUUCCAUGUCAUGGUCGGUGGAGGAGACCAGAUAUUCAACGACAAGAUUACAGCAGAAUCACGCUUUUUCCAGGAAUGGGUCAAGAUGAAAGAUAUCCAUGAGAAGUACGACACGCCGCUAAACAUGGAGUUCAAAGCGGAGUUGGAAAACUCCUUUCUUGAGCACUGUUCACGGUGGUUUUCACAGGGGCUUUACUCCCUUGCGAACUCGCAAAUUCCCAUGGUUAACCUCUGGAAUGACCAUGAAAUCAUCGAAGGCUUCGGAUCUUACCCCGAUGAGUUCAUGAGCACGCCCGUAAUCUCAGGGCUUGGCAACAUAGCAUUCAAAUACUACUUGCUAUUCCAACACCACAGCGUUCCGGAAGAGACCGAGGCAGAUGAGCCUAGUUGGCUGCUUGGGGCUCUUCCUGGACCGUAUAUCAGCCACCGAAGCCGCAAUUUGUUCAUGUCUCUAGGUGGUGGGGUGUCUCUUCUUGGCCUAGAUUGCCGGACAGAACGCAUGGUGAGACCACAGUACCUGUUUAGCAGCAGAAAAGCGGUGCUAAUAAUAUAUCAUAGAAUGACGAAGUACUCAGCGAACAGACUUUUGCAUAUCCUAGGGUGGUAUGUCACGGGCGCUAUAACCGCAAUUCUUUCCCUUCUAACCUUCUCACAGGCGAUGGUGAAAAAUAUUCUAAACAGCCGGAAAUCGCUCGGCAAAGCCGGACUAUUUGGCGGUUUUGUGAACAAGAGUGGGAGCAAAGUUGAAAUCUUUGAUGACCACUGGACAGCUAAACACCAUAAGUCUGAACGCCAAUACUUGAUUGAAGAUCUGCAGGACUUGGCAGCAGACAAAUCCGUCCGUGUGACCAUUUUGAGGGCCGAGUUAACAAGCAUCUUUUCCAGCGGCGAUGUGCAUUUGGCUGCCAUUGGUCAAUUCUACUCGAACCCGAGAUUGAACUUGCCUAAGGACAAAGACUAUCGAUACAUGCCCAACAUCAUUUCCUCCGCUAUUGCAGACAUGCCCGAGACGGAGAUGGUGUCAGACACGCUCAACAAACGGAACCGAGUUCAUCAUCUGGAUACUAAUACGGACGAGGACAUGAUACCCAUCUUUACACAAGAUGUGAAUAAUAAGCCACGGAAUAACAAGCGAUUGCUACCACGCCGAAACUGGUGCUCCAUCCGUGCGUAUCAGCCAGGUUUUACUCCACCGACAACACCGGAAUCUGAAUCGUCACCGCCAGUGGAGGAGCCUCGACCGGGCAAGUUGCAAAGGACGCUGUCCUUGACACGCGGGGACAGACCCCAGGGUAGCGGCGGCCUGUUACGCCGACUCUCAGGACGUGGGCGGCCACCGACUAAGGACUUUAACCUUGGAGGGAACCCAGUUGGGCGGCGUAUGAGUAUGGAUGGUCCAUUUCCGCCUGCGGAGACAGGUGAUAGCUACUUUCCACCGCCGCCAGAUUCCCGCCCAGCUCCAUUCCUUCGACGGCCUACAAAUCUGAGCCAGAAAGCGUCUAAGAAGGCUGCAAAGCAGGGAGACGAUGGGGUUGGUGCCUUCGUUAAUUUAGAAGGGGGGUUGGCCAUCUCCUUGAACAUGGAAUUAAACCCGAAGGAUCCAUCCGGUAUUACGACCCCAUACAAGUUGCUCGUGCCGAUGCUGCGAUACGAAGGAAAUGAGUACGACCCCCCUGCGGCGCCAGUUGCGAAGGGCUGGAAGCGAUGGUUGAGUGUACGGAGAAGUAGGAGAGAAAAGCAGAAUGUGGAGGACACCGAAGCCGAAGAAGGAUUCAGCGAUGAGGAAGACGAGGAUGAGCAUGAUCAAUAUGAAAAUCAUGGACGCUCAGCGGGCCGUGAGCAUGAAUACAUUGCCGGUAGAGACGCGCCUCCGGAGACAAUAGUCCCGGUAGCUAAUCCAGGCGAACUAGAGUAUGAUGGUGUUGCCGAAACUUCGAGGAGGAGGAAGUGGUUUGGCCGAUGA